AUGGCAGAAGCUAUAGGCCUAGCCUCAGGGCUAUUGACUUUGGUAACUGUCGCUUUUCAGUCCAGCGUUACACUUUACCAGACGCUGAAGAGCAUUCAAUAUCACCCUAAACAUGUUCGUGACCUCCAAGACGAGUUAAACGAUCUAACAACGGUUCUGCGCUCGCUCGCCGAUACGAUUGAGUCUGCCACCGACUUGGAUCUCUCAGCACUGGCACUUCCUCUGCAACGGUGCGGCAAUGCCUGCAAAGAGUUUGAACAGGAGAUUGUGAAGUGUUCGUCGCGAUCUGGAGGAAAUCGGACGAGUUUUCGAGACUGGGCCAAGUUGAAGUAUAUGGGAGACGACAUCAAUGGCUUUCGGCAACAGAUAUCAAGCUAUAAGGCAACUAUUAGUAUCAGCUUGCUCGACGCAAGUCUUCGCAAAUCCUCGCUCACAGCUGAAUCUGUCGCAAGUUACAAAGAUCUUGUGAAGACCACGACAGACGACCUCAAAGACCAUCUCCAAAGCAUUAACGACAGGCUGCAAUCAAUAUUUGGAGAGGCGGCAUCGGGGUCUGACACGGACACCCAGGAAUUACGACAGAUAGAGGAGGACCGGUUGGCCACGCAGAAGUGUGUGGAAAUCUGCACCCAGUUGACCGACCACAUUGACCAGCUUUUGUUGUCGUCCAAGCGUGGCAGCGGAUCUACUGAGUCCGAUGAUUCGGAGAGCAUACCUGAAAGGAUCACCAACGAAGGCCUGCGCGAGUGCAAGAAAGUUCUCUUUGAUAACGCUGCAAAGCUGGAGAAACAUAAGCAAGAGCUGAUUUAUCGAUUAAUAUCGAAGUCAAAGCUGGUGGUCACUUCUGCGGAGGACAAUGAGGAUCUCUUGAGGUUGGAGGAGGAGCUGCAGACGACGCGCCACUGCAUAGACAUCUGCUCCAAGGCAGACACCUAUAUGCGGGAGAACGUUAGCGUUAUUGACAACUACGCGACCGGGGACGCCAUCCAAUUUUUGGUUUCAAAUAACGGCAAGGUCAUCCACGGCAAGAACCGAGGAAUGGGCUGGAAAACCAGGCAAGUUGGAGGGUACCUCAAUGAUGAGUCCAUCCAACAGUUAUCGCGGGAUUUCUCGAAUAGCAGCAUUCACACCUCUAAGCAUGAUACCUCGUCCUCGGAAACAAAUCCAGCAUCUUCUUCCGGCAAUGUUUUGGGGAAGGACCGAAGUCCAGACUUCAAACACCAUGGGCCGGGUUUUAAGCUUGCAUCUUGGUCCGGUGCGGACCGAACCUUAUCAUCUACCACAUCCUCAGAGACGCGAACAAAGGACUCUCCUAAGCACUGA